AUGCCACCAAAAAGGAAAGCAGCUGCUAGCGAAAAAACUUCCACUCGUGCUGAAGGUGGCACGAACGGCAACGUUGUUUCGUCAGAAGCUACAACUGCUGUUACUCCCACUAAACGAAGUAGACGAGGAAGUGACGUUUCCUCGGAAAAAUUAUCUGAAUCACCACCUAACAUCCAAGAAACUAAACAACAACCCAAACGUGGACGAGGCAGGCCAGUGAAAGCCAGACCAAAGAACAAAAAUAAUGGAGAAACGACUUCGGGUAGAUUGAAUGAAAGCGGUGAGAAAAUGGACUAUGAAGUUUCUCCACAGUCGCCUGGAUCAUCUUCCGAGGAGGUUGCAUCGGAAAAAUCGAAUUCACCUGGAAAAACCAAAAUCAACGAAUCAAAUAAGGGUGAAGAAAAGCAACAACUAAAAUCAGAGCCAAUGGAGACUGAUGAAGAUGGUGAUAAUAAAACAGAGAAACUUGCUAAGGAGCAGCCGCAAGAUAAAUUAAAAAUGCUGCAAACUCAAGAAAAACCGGCAGAAUUGGUUGCUGAGAACACUGUUCCUGUUAGUUCGGGAGAUAUCAAAGAACAUCAGAAGCAAGAAAAAAGUGACGGAGGUGAUACUUCGAGAGCAAAAAGUGAUGAGCAACGGCAACAAGAAGAGAAAUCUACUGCUAAUCAAAAAUCUGAAGACACAGAUAAUAAAAAAUUUUCAAACGAGCAAAAGAAAAUGGAUUUCAUACAUGAUAUGCCGUCGAAUGUUCUUGAAAAAGGCCAUAUUAGCUUUUUCUAUAGGCCAAAGAUUGCGGCAAUGCAUCCAAACAAUCCAAACGAAGUGCAACGUUUAUAUAUUAUGCUUAUCCCCACACUUAUUCGUCCUACGUUGGGCGAUAAACCUAUCGAAACAGUCGCCCAGAAAAUGGUAAAGGGCAAGAAAACCGACGAAAAAGAAGAAGGGAAACUUAUUGGUAAACCCCGUCUACUGAUUGUGGGGAAAAAAAAGCUUCCUGAAGUCGAAAACCAUGCUCGAUAUUGGACUUUUGUCGACAAAUCAUUCGACAAUUUGGACGACAUUAAAAGCACCCUUGGAAUGGAACACUAUAGCACGAAGACUAGGGGUGAAAGAACAUUGCAACCAUGCAGACCUUUAGGAAGAGGUGCUUACUCAAUAUUGGAACAUAAUAAGCAUACACAUUUAGCAUAUGUUUUAGAGUUGCCGAGUCAACCUGGUGAAGUGCAAAGUGCAUUUAAUAUUAAGCACGAAGCCAGUUAUAUUAUAACCGUGAAGAAUCCUGAAGCAAGCAAUCCUCCAAGCGCCGGUCUCACAUCGAACAAAAAGUCUUCGUAUCCACCCGAAUUAAUGGCGAAAUUUGAAGGACGCCGCUUCGCACCCCUAUAUACAACCGAAUUUCUAGACUACGAGGAUAGCGAAUUAAUCUUGGUUGGAACCAAGGAAGAUAUUAAAGGCGAACUAGGUGCUCCCGGCGAAUAUCUUGAAAAUUGGGCAGAUGAUGAAGCCAAAGAGAUCCAGUUGUUGGAGGAUCGAGCGAUUUUCGAGGAGCUUCAUUUGGAACCCAAAGAUUUCCCACAUGAGACUUUGAAGGGUAUUUGGGAGUAA